UAUUAGUUCGUAAAUAAUUAUAUAAAGAACAGUUUUUUAAAUGUAAUAUUUUAGAAAUUAAAUUUCGUUUACUUUUAUUCUAUUGGAUAGAAUUAUUUUUUGUGGUGCAAAAAAUUUGCGUCUAAUUUGCCGCUCAUGAUUUAGUUAUAUUAUUCAUGACGACACCGUGUACGUGAAUUUCAUAAUAGUGUUACAGUAGUUAUUUUUUAGUGAUUAUUAAAGAUUAUUGUGUAUAAAGAAGGAAUUACAUUGAGAAAAAUAUUCAAUUAUUAAAUAAUGGAAGAAUAUGCGAGAGAGCCAUGUCCUUGGAGAAUAAUAGAUGAUUGUGGUGGUGCAUUUACUAUGGGUGCAAUUGGAGGAGUUGUUUUUCAAAGUGUAAAGGGUUUUCGUAAUGCACCCAGUGGUUUUAACAAACGUUUAAUAGGCAGUUUUAUGGCUGUAAAACAACGUGCUCCAAUGUUAGCAGGAAGUUUUGCUGUAUGGGGUGGAUUAUUUUCUAUGAUUGAUUGCACAUUAGUUCAUUAUAGACAAAAGGAAGAUCCAUGGAAUUCUAUAAUUAGUGGUGCAGCAACGGGUGGAAUUUUAGCUGCUAGAAAUGGACUGCCUACUAUGGCUGGCAGUGCUCUAAUCGGAGGAGUUUUACUUGGUUUGAUUGAAAGUGUAGGAAUACUUUUCACACGGAUGCAAGCAGAUCAAUUUAAACCACAAUCGUUGGUAGAUGAUUCUUCGCAUGUUGGUCCAAUACCACAAGGACAUCCUUCAUAAUAGAAAGGAGUAUGUUAGAUUUAUAAAAACAUAGCAUGAUAUUAAAAUAUCAAUGUUUAGUUAUUAUCGAAAUAGAAAAAUAUUUUCUUGUUGUUUAUCUUUUGCCAGUCUGAAUUUGUAUAGAAUAAUCAUCUGAGGUUUAAGAAUUAUUUCAAUUAAUCUUUCAAUUAUAUCUUUCAUACAAUCAAAAAGAUUAUUACAAUGUGUACAUGGAAGUAUAAAAUGUAACUUUUUAUUAUGUUAUUAAUGAUUAGCAAAUGGUCCAAAAUAUAUCGAAGUAGUUA